AUGGAUAAAGAUUAUGUAGUCAAAAUACUAGAUGAUUGUGGUUUCUACACAGUUGAUGGGCUUCAGAAUCUCAUUGAUAGGUGUCUUAUAACAGUCAGUGAACACGAGCAGAUAAUGAUGCAUCAGCUAAUAAGAGACAUGGGACGAGAAAUUGUUCGCCAAGAAUCGACUGAAAAUCCUGGAAAACGCAGCAGAUUGUGGAACCAUAGGGAUGCAGUUACUGUCUUGAAAGAAAAUACUGGUUCUGAAACAGUGAAGGCCCUUGCUUUCCGCCCACCAAAUGAGGUGGAAUUGAAGAUAGAAGGACUGGCAAAGAUGAAGGGGCUUAAAUUACUCCAACUUUGCAAUGUAAAAGUCAAAGGAAGCUAUGAAGAUUUCCCUAAAAAUUUGGUAUGGUUGAGUUGGCGUGGAUUUUCUCUGAAAUAUAUACCAGCCAGUUUUGAUCUGGACAAGCUAGCUGUUCUUGACAUGCCAAAUAGCAAUCUCAAAUUUCUUUGGGAAAGGAACAGGAAUCUUCCAAACUUGAAGAUCCUGAACGUCAGCCAUUCGCAUUUUCUUGUUACAACCCCCAACUUCAGAGGACUUCCUAAUCUUGAGAGAUUGAUACUCCAAGACUGCAUAAACUUGGUUGAGAUUGAUAAAUCUAUUGAAGUGCUCCAGAAAAUAGUUUUAUUAAAUCUAAGAGAUUGCAAGAGUCUCAAGAAGCUUCCGAGGGAAAUCGCAAGCUUGAAAUCACUUGAGGAACUAGUUUUGUCUGGUUGCUUAGAACUCACACUACCCAAAGAGCUAGCAGAAAUGAAUUUGAAGGUUCGCGUUGUUGAUGGUAUUUUCAUUAAUCAACCAAAAUCUACCUCAGAAGACGCAAGGAAACUCAACUUCUUUUGUGCUACAUCAUGGCAUUCAGCCUUCCAUUCUUGGUCAUCACCAAGAAAAGGCUCAAAAUCCAUGAAAUUUUCAUUCACCUUUUUUACCAAGGUCUUUGGUGGUAACCCCAUUCAUACUCUACCAGAAAGUAUUAACAGCCUCACUUUGCUUCGAUCUCUUCUGUUGGACCGCUGCGAAAAAUUGCAAUAUCUUCCUGAGCUUCCUCCAUCUUUGGAGGAUGUCAACAACUGUAGAUCACUGCAACGAAUUACAAAUUUACCUAACUUGUACAGAAGUUUGAUUUUCAGAUAUUAUGGCUGUGAGAAUCUUGUUGAGGUUGAAGGUGCAUUCAAAUUACAACCCAUAAGAAACAUUGACAUGGAAAUGAUCAGUGCUUUGAGCAUGUUCAAUGUGGAAUCCAUGGAAAGCUUUCAGGUGCAAAUGGUCAAUUGCUUAACAGGAACUCUAAGAACAACUUCGCUUCAGGUCUUGCAUGAACGUGGAAUAUUUAGUAUUUAUCUUCCAGGGAGUGAGAUUCCAGGAUGGUACAGUUACCAAAAUGCAGGGCCUAAAAUUUCUUUCAUUGUGAAUCAUAUUCAAGGGCGUACGAUUAUUGGGUUGAAUUUAUGCGUUGUAUAUGCAUUUGAUCAAUCUGCAAAUCUGAGUUCCAAUGAUAAGAUUUUUUUCCCAACGUUCUAUGAGAUUCCAGGAGAGCAAGCAUGUAAUCUAUGGUUAAGCCAUUGGAAGUAUGUGGAUCAAUUGGAAGAUGGCGAUGAAGUGGUUGUGGUAGUAGGUAUGCCUCCGGGUGAAGUUAAAAGGGUUGGAGUCCAUCUUGUCUAUGAGGAAAAAGAUGAUAGCCAAAGCCAAUCAAUUAAUUCCUCUUCUUGGUAUAAAAGUCUCAGCAAUGCAGAUAUGUCUGCAAUGUACCUGGCUUGGUAUGUUCUCGGCUAUAGUCAACAUGACCAUGUUGGACACAAACUCCGUUGGGAUGCAUUAAUUGAUCACUACACCAAAUAA